GGAACAAUAGGCGCAGCCGAGGUUUUAAAUAAUAGUUAUUAUGGAUAAAUAGGAAAUGAAACGAUCAAUUUGGCUUUCGAUUGAAUAGGAUUGAGUGACAAUGAUUUGCGCAGAUGAAAAAAAAAUGUGUAACAUUGUAAUGGCACGUACGAAAUUUACGCAAGACAGACCUUUGACUCCAAAUAAGUGCAUAAAAAAAUUCAAUGGUAUUAAACCGCAUGAUAUAAGAAUCAAUUCUGAUUGCUGAAAGUUUUUCCAUGUGUCAUUAAAGGUCCAGGCGUGUGAUUGUAGCUGAACUUUAAUUCUUGAAAUUAAUUUUGUUAUAUACCAAAAGUAAUGGAAUUUCUGUGUAUUUUGUCAAGAAAUAUACUCUUGAAAAAGAUCGUGGUUAGGUCUUUACUGACUUUGAACAACACAUUUGCCCUUCACUUGACCUUUAGAUGUGACCUUCAUCUUAUAUUUUGAUACAUUCUUGGACGUAGAAUGUUCUAUUAUU